AUGAUGCAUAAAGAACUACAACAAGCAAUGUUAAUUAAUAAUGAAGAAGUAGAGCUAGAGAUGCAAUUAUUAUUCACAACAAAAUCUGGUAUGGAUGACAGGCGUUACAAUGUGCAGAGAAUUAAUGAAGUUGCAGCAAUAUUUUCUACAACUGCUAACGGAGAUAUUCCAGAAUCAUAUGUGUCAAUACAUAAUAAAAAUACAAAAAAACUGGAAUUUGUGAGCACUAUGAAUCCAAACGUAGAACCAUGGGUUUAUCCACUACUAUAUCCUUAUGGUACAAGAGGAUGGCAUAAAGAUAUUCCAUGUGUAAAUAGAUCGAAAAGAGUUUCACGUACAGCAUAUAUUAAAUAUAGAAUGGCAACUAGGAAUGAUAAUGUAUUUUUAUUGGCUGGAAGAUUAUUUCAAUUAAACCAAAAAAAAAUUCGAGCUGAUACUUAUCAAGGAUUAAUUGAUCAUUUACGAAAUAAGGCAAAUGAAACAAAUGGUAGUGUUGGAAAAAUUGUAAUUUUGCCUUCGACUUUCACAGGAUCUCCACGUAAUAUGCUUCAACACUAUCAAGAUGCGAUGGCUAUUGUAAGAAAAUUUGGAAAACCUGAUCUAUUCAUAACUAUGACGUGUAACCCUAAUUGGAGAGAAAUAAAAGAAAAUUUGUUAGAUGGUCAAACAGCUUCGGAUAGGCCAGACAUAGUUUCUCGGGUUUUCGAAAUAAAAAAAAAUGAACUGAUAAAAAAAAUAGUUAAAGAAAAUCUUUUUGGAGAAAUACAAGCCUACGUUUAUGCUGUAGAAUAUCAAAAACGAGGUUUACUCCAUGUGCAUGCUUUAUUUACUCUAAAACAAAAUAGUAAAAUAACAACAGCAACUAUUGUUGAUGAAUAUAUUUCAGCAGAAAUCCCAGAUCAAACUGGAAAUAUUAAUAUUUACAAUAUUGUAAUGAAGAACAUGAAUCAUGGACCAUGUGGUAGUUGGUACGAAAAUGGAUACCCUACUUAUCGUCGUAGAACUGGUGUUUUUGAAUCUCCAGCAGGAGGCAGACAUGAUGCAGCCUCAAUUGUAAUUACCAAUUCUACUGAUGAUACUCAUUCUGUGAACAAUCGUAUUGAUCACGAUGAAAUCAGUAACCAUAUAGAAACUAGAUAUGUUAGUCAUGUUAGAAUUUAUGGAAGACCAUUACAAGAAAAAAGUCAUUCAAUCGCACGCUUGCCAGUACAUUUACCGAAUCAGCAGACUGUGACUAUAAAUGAUGAAGCAGAAGAAGAGUCUUUACGCACAGCUAUGGAUCAGCAAACAAUGCUUAUGGAUUAUUUUUCUUUAAACUCUGGACAAAAUAUAUCAUGGCAUCCACGCCAAAAACAAUUUAAUGUAAUUGGGAGAAUGUAUUCAACUAGCCCAAGUCAAAUAGAAUUAUUUCAUCUUCGAUUGUUAUUGAUAACAGUCAAAGGAGCUACAAGUUUUGAGAAUCUAAGAACUAUAAAUGGAAUAUUACAUGAUACCUAUCGAAGUGCAUGCUUAACAUUAGGACUUAUUGAAGACGAUGAAGAGUGGAACCGUGCUAUGACAGAAGGAGAAGUAUGGAUGAUGCCUAAGCAAUUAAGACAUUUAUUUGUACGUAUCUUAAUUUAUUGUAGUCCUGUUAAGCCUGAAAAAAUUUGGGAAAAUCAUGAAGAUUCAAUGUGUGAAGAUUUCAAAAGAAAUUAUAGUUUGGCUCAAUCUCAAACAAAAGCAUAUUACGAAAUAAUAAACCUUCUUGAAAAAAGCAAAAAAAAGAAAGUUGCUACAAUGGCUUUUACUGGAAAUGCAGCAAUAUUACUUCCCGAAGGAAGAACAAUGCAUAAUUUAUUUGGUAUGCCAGUUCCAAUGUAUGCUGAUUCCACAUCAAAUAUUAAACAUCAACCUAAAGCAGCAGAAGAGAUUAGAAGUAUAGAUGUAAUAAUUUGUGAUGAAGCACCGAUGGUACAUGUCGUGAUAUAA